UUGCCAGUUGGCUUUGGGUAGGCAGUUCGGGUCACCCUGUAAAUUUGGGGGAUGCUCCUUUCGCGACGACAUCUCUUUAAAAGCAGAGACUAACUUCUCGUCAGAGGUGACGCUUCCUCCAAUCUCUUCAAGCCUUUGUGCCAAAUUAAGUGGUGAUACAAAAUGCCCGUCUUAAAGAAAAACUGCAGUGCUGAGUUCUUGGACGACGGUCAAUACUCCAAGAAUGGCAUCUUGCGCUAUGAACGCAUUUUUGGACACACCUUUGUUAGCACUGGUGGCCUUGCAACCACUCAAGAGUUUACAAAGAGGCUGGCUCUCAAGCCUGGUAUGAAGGUGUUGGACAUUGGGUGUGGCACUGGUGGUUCCGCCUUUUUCUUGGCUCGCAAGUUCGGUGUGCACGUAUUGGGCGUGGACUUGUCUAGCAAUAUGUUGUCCAUUGCUGAGGACCACAAACUUGAGAUGGAGCCCGAAGUCCAAGAAAGAGAGUCCUUCAAGAAGUUGGAUGCUACGAAGGCCACAUUCCCUGACGAGCACUUCGACCUUAUGUAUUCUAGGGAUGCCAUCAUGCACAUUGCUGAGAAGGAAAAGCUUUAUUCCAAUAUCUUUAAAUGGUUGAAGCCAGGUGGUCAAGUCCUUGUGUCCGAAUAUAUCCAUGGAAAGAACCAUCCAAACCAUCCGCAAGAAUACAUUGACUACAUUAUUGAUCGUGGAUAUCAACUGCUCACUGCUAGCGAUUACGGAGAUGUUCUAAAAAAGGUUGGAUUCACUGAUGUUCAUGCUGAGGAUAUCACCGGUGACUUCGUUGAAGUUUUGAAGAAAGAAAUGACCAAGUUCCGAGGAAUGAAAGAUGAGUUCAUCCAGGAAUUCUCUGAGAAAGACUAUAACGAUCUGAUGGGAGGUUGGGAGAUUAAGGUGGUCCGUUGCAACGCCGGUGAUCAAGGAUGGGGAUUGUUCCGUGCUGUCAAACCUGGAAACUCUUCCUAAUCUUGCUCCCUGUACUGUUACAUUCCUGUGUCUUUAGAAUUAAAGCUCAUGAAUAGGUACAUAUUAAGGCA